CAUUUUGAUUCGAUCCGAUCCGAUCCGAUUCGAUUUGAUCCUCUCGCAGCUAUCAAACUCUGAAACCAAGUSUUCCAAACAACACACUGGUUGAUGAAUGUUUGUACCUGUCGUAUACAUUGCGUAUAAAGAAUACGAGCGACAGGAACGCGAAAAGGCCUUCUACAAAAGUCGGGGGGUGCGGACCAACCGUGAAAAGCGACAAGGUGGAGAGGAGAUCGGAGGACAAAGCGAUUAUCUUCAGCGGGAUCUCCAGCGAAGACCACCUYACCAAAGGCAACGAGGGAUCCGACGGCAACGCAAACAUUUGGAAACGAGGAAAAAAAGAAAAGCACACAAGAARAGCUGCGAAACACCAAAAGAAAAAACAUUGUGGGCGUUGUUGGKCGGGAAAAUACCGACGAAACCCAUUCGGGAGGCAGCAUCCGUAUCCGUUCCCUUUGACCAAUUCUCCUUGUCGCACUUGGUGAUGUGUGGCAGCCAGGAAAUUGAUAUUUUAUUUCAACAGACAGACGAAAAUUCUAGUUCBCCUUCCACAAACGACGGCGCCAUGACAAGCGAGACUGACAACAACUCCGUGUACGAUCCAUUACAAAAUAAGAUUGUAUCCGAGCCCCUACAGGAUGCCUUUCGUGACGAUGUUCGUGCCGAAUGGAUCCGAGCGGUKUUUGGAACAGACUUUCCUUAUCGAAAAGAAAUAGAAACAAACGCAGAUGUGACAACAACUUCGAUUGAUCCAGAUCAAACUCAGAAGAAAAACCACAAUAGCUGGAAAGGUGUCGGUUUAGCUGGACUUUCAUCCUACGUAUCCUACACUGCCGUUCUCGACCUUUCUCAAUCAUCAACAAAGUUGAAUGGUCGGAAUGAUAGUGAUGCGAGUAAGCCGGCGAGUAUGGACGAUCGAAAUGACGACGUGUCACUGUUACCAGCAAUUCCUUCMGAAUCACAGCCCCAGCAACCGCCACAGCCAUCACUGGGGAUGACACUUUCUCGGCUGUCACUGGGCUUGUAUGUACGAACCAUUCGACCGGGUUCGGAAGCAUGGUGUGCAGGUAUCGAAGAAAAUUCUGUGUUGGUAGGAAUCAAUGAUGGCGAAUUGAACUUGCUGGCAGAACCAUCGAAGCUGGCCCUUGAACGGAUAUGGCAAUACGAAGGAAUUGCUUGUAAAACCAACAAUAGUACCGGGACAAUAGACGAACAUGUGGAACAAAUAGGCAGUAAAAACGAUAGUGAAGCACGUAGUCKCACAGCUUCUGCUAUCAGCCCAAAUUCAAAAAUGAAAAUCAGCAGCCCCAUUUCAUUAACGUUCAUACGGAAUGGAAGGCUUUACAAGGUAAUAUUAUUGAGCGAUCCGCCGUAUGGGAUCGAUUGGGGGCCGUGUGGAAAAUUUUGUUUAGUACAACGCGUAAAACCCAACGGAAUCGCAGAUCGCGCCGGAGUGCGGCCAUCGUCGAUUGUUGCUGGAAUUAACUUGGGUAGAUUUCGGGAAGACARUGUCAAGAAUGAAGAUAGACCCGAAGACGAGGAUAUCUGCAGCAAUAUGAGUACUAUUUAUCACUUGGAUCAUUCGUCUGUUGCUGCUGCCUUGAAGGAAGCAACUUCGGAUUGCAUCCUGCAGCAACGGGGUGAAAGCAAAUCCACUCAUAGAAUACGGAUACAAUUGUGCUUUACGCCAUCUAGAGCCCGCAGUGGUCACUGGGAACGCCAACAGGAUGCCUUGGAAGAGAAGGGAUCGAAAAGAUCUAAUACGACAGGACCAGGUGGGUCUACAAAUGGAAUAAGUAUCAAUAGUAGCACGUUAACACGACAUCCACAACAGCCGACCCGGCCACGWGUUGCCGCGGAAAUGAAUGGAGUUCAGGUUCGAAUUCAUCCUCUUUUGGGGCCAGGAGGAGGUUUUGUCGGUUCCAGUAGACGCAGCAUACAAGCAGGAGAUUUUGACUCUCUCCGUCGACGAUCUCAAUCGGCUUCUAUUGUAUCGCCUUCUUCGUUGCUAUCGAAAUUGGCGGAACGUGUUGCAGCAGGAGAACCUCUUUCAAUAUGGGGAAACGAUAACCGCACGKAUCACUAUGUAAUCAACGAGAACAAUGCAUCGUCUUCUUUAGGAGAAUAUGGCAACUUUUAUCGACCCUGUCCGUUGCUCAAGCAUUCGGUGAAAAGUAAUGGUAACAAUACACAGCCAAAUUCAAAUCAGCAACCACCGUUGUCCUUUUUUCCGACGUGUCCUUCUAUUUUCGACUGCUGGAACGUCCAGCAAGCCUUCAUCUACGUGUUCCGGUACCAUAUUGCAAGAUAUAAUGAAGUGGAGUUGAAAAUGAAUGCGUCUGGAGACAAUAACUUMUUGAAUAUUUUGCGUGACCUCUUGCUAAAAGCUGAAACAAAUAAUAGCAGGAGCAAGGAUCGGGAAGCUUCGGUUAUUUUGGAUGCACUUUCGACCUAUUUGCUCUUUUGGUUUGGGUGGUUGACGGCUAACGAAAACAAGCCCCUAGAACUCACUCAGUUCUUGUUGAAGCUUGUUCAUCAAAAUCAAAUGAAGAACAACAAUGGAAGCAUCAGUAUACCGAACAGCUUCGGCAYCACUAAUAUUGCAUUAUCGUCAUUUUCUUUGGCUCAUCACAUGGAAUUUCUUGCUAGAUCAUUGGACAACGGUUACAUCAAAAACUCUUUGCGGAAAUUGAGAAAAGAAAGACAACAACAACAACAUCUAGUCCGAAAUACAAUUCAAAAGUUAGAUCAUACGUACGGAAGCAAUGGCUUACCUUCCAUACGAGCUGUAACGGGGACAACUCCAAGCCACGAAGAAUCACAACAGGCAAAGGACUUAACCUUCGACAGAGCUAGUGAGCAAAAAGUACCAUCUAGUUCUGCGAAAGCAAAAUCUACUACUGUAGAAAAACCAAAGCCCCGACKUCGAUUUCCAUUUUUCCGUAAGAAGAARAAGGGGCAUGCCAAAAAUAAGCAGUCAUCUUCGACAAACGUCUCCAAUGAUUCAGAGAAUGCCGACGUCGCCUCUCGUGAAAAACAGAGACCUGUCAAAGAAAAGAGAAACCUUACAGAUGGCGAUAGAAUGACGUCGUCCUCGGUGUCACCGCCGUUACUUUGCGGAGAUCUGAUAAAUGGUUCGAAGGGAUCCAACUCGUGUGACACGAAAUCACCCUUCAUGAUACUAAAAGAGUUGGGCAAUGUGUCACUGUCGGAAUCGGCCGAUUCUCUCUUUGCUAACACUGUGAAAUUUUUAGAUGAGCUCGAAACAGUAUGCACCGAUGUAGAGAAGUCGCUUAUGAAAUCGUUUUCGCAAAAGUUUGCGCGYUGGGCUUUACAGCCAUGGACUGCAAACAAUCAAUCUGCCUUGACACAAGUGACAAACGCUAUGCGGAWGCGCCUAGACAAAUACAAUACAGAAUAUUAUUCGAUGCCACUCUUAGAUCCGAUCGACUCAUCGUCUCAACCCCUCAUAUCGAUUGACACGAAAGGGUGCUAUAUCUUGCCCAGUGCRCAUUUUCCUCUACUGCUAACAUUUGACUGCAAAAGAAGAAUCGAAGAAGAUAGAUCUAAUACUGGAGGUGGAAGGGAUCCAAAAUUGCCAAGUAGGAUGUCCAUACCAAAUCUGAUUGGAGAAGAAAAAAUCUAUCGCACCAGUGUCGAGCUUGUUGCGCUGAGAGGAUCCAAAGCCCUUUCAGGAAACGAAAAACUGCCGUAUCACGGGUUCACAGCACAUGGAUCGAUUGCUGGUUCUGUUAUUGAAUCUCAACAAAGCGUUCGAGUCGACCAUAAAUCCAAUCACCACGUUUGGAAUUUGGCAAAUUUGAUGGUAUUUGAUACUCGAUCGACAUGGGGUCCACCGAAAACAUUUUCGCUCCGACUUUCCGAAACAUUGAUCAACGAAAAGGAAAAAGGCGCUCAAAACCCCACCAAUUCAACCCCUGAUCGUACCUCUAGGCAACAAGAAUGCGGAUAUUGCUGGAUCAAUUUGGUUCCUUUUUGGGAAGAGACAAGCGGGAAGCAACAGGUUUCUUGCAAAACCCGAGUGGUGCCCCCUGACUUUUUCAACGACUUUGACGAGCACGGAGAGUUGCGCAAAGACUCGUAUGCUGAACUCAUGCAAUGUAUGGAGAUCGAGUUCCGAAUAUCAACGAAAGUUCUGGAAACGAAGAGCUCCGUGAARCGCAGCCUGCUUUACAAACACGACGAUGAUGUGCGGCAAGAAAUGUUUGCUAUUGAGUUUAUCAAGUCGUGUGAUAGAAUUUUACAAUCGUGCGGGCUUCAUCUAAAAAUGCUAACUUUUCGUGCCAUUCCUGUCAGCAAACGGAGGGGUUUUAUUGAAUGGGUGCCAGGAAGUGUGCCGCUUUCAGAGAUCUGCCAACCAUUUGCCGGUUCCAUUUUGGCAAAAAACAGAGACAGGAACAAAAGUGUCAAGUUGACCAGGAUAGGAAACAAUGAAAUAGARGACGCCAUGGAAGAUGACGACAAUGAUAGCAUCGCUAUGUCGUCGGUAGCCAGGGCAGGAAUGACCAAAUAUGAAUCACUGAAUCGGCUUCGUAGUGACGACGAGUCAGAACAGCGUAAUGCUCGUGGUAACUAUGUCUUACCAAGCAGGAAAAACAACCCCAUCCAAGACUUUCUCCGUUCGCUGGCAUACGACCCUGACGAAUCUUAUAAAAUCAGGAGGGACGUGAUGGAUACCUUUGUCAAGUCUUGCGCUGGGUAUAGCGUGGUAACAUAUAUUCUGGGCGUCGGCGACCGGCAUCUCGACAACCUUUUGCUCCAYGAGUCGGGUCAUUUUUUUCACUGCGAUUUCUCUUUUGUACUUGGUAAUGACCCCAAGAAGUAUCUCCCAAUGAGAAUCACAAAAGACAUGAUAAAUGGAAUGGGAGGGUGGAAGAGCGAUAAUUUUUGUCAGUUUCUUUCCUUGGCGUGCGGUGCCUUUUUGACUUUGCGACGGCCUGAGAAUGUCCGGCACUUGCUGUCGCUGAUCAGGUUACUAGAAGGGUGYGGUUUGCCCGAUUUAGAGAAGACUCAAAGCAUGGAAAAUGCGAUCCAAGGCGUCCGCGAUCGAUUGAAGCUGAAUCUAACGGACGAGGAGGCAAUUUUAUUCAUGGAAAAGCUCAUCGAAGAUAGUUGUGCUUCUAAAAUGUGGAUCGCAGUGGAUGCGAUACACUCACUGGCACAAAGAUUUUAGAGAACAUGCUUAUUACUUUG